AUGUUGAUGGAUGGACCUUUGUUAAUUAAGCAAGUAUUAUUUAAAAAUAAAUAUGAAUACAAUUCUUUUCUGACUGAUAGUUCUACUUCUACCUGUUCCCUUAUUUUUUUAAUUUAUUUCUCUAAUUUGAAUUUAUAGAUCUAAAUUGAGCAUUUGCAUUUAAAAUAUGUAGGAACAGGUACAUAAGAAACUACUAAAUGGGAAUGGGGAACAAAUAUAUAAAGGGAUUCGUUAGCAUCACAUAUUGGGCAUCAUUCUAGACUUUAAUAUUUUGCAAUAGCAGAAAAUGAAUCUACUAUGAGAUUAAAAAAUAGGUUUUUAAAUAAAAUGAUUCAACCUUGUGGACCGCCUCCUCCUGCCCGUAAAAAAGGCGAAUUAUGA